CGGGGCGCGGCGGGGCAGGCUCGGCGGAGCGCCGGCUCCAGCCUCGGGGCGCGCUCGCCCGGCCCCGGCGGCCCCUGCCCGCCCGCACCAUGCCGCGGCGGCGCGGCUGCCUGCCGCCGCUCCUGUGCGCGCUGGCCGCCCUCAGCCUGCCGCUGCUGCUGGCCGCCGAGCCCCGCGCCAAAAGUUGCUCCGAAGUGCGGAGGCUCUACGCCGCCAAGGGCUUCAGCCAGAGCGAGGCGCCCAGCCACGAGAUCAGCGGUGACCACUUGAAAGUCUGCUCACAAGGCUACACAUGCUGCUCUCAAGAAAUGGAGGAGAAGUACAGUCAGCAGAGUAAACAUGACUUCAGAAAUGCUGUCGUAGAGCUUAGCAAUCACCUACAAAACAUGUUUAGUUCCCGAUACAAGAAGUUUGAUGAGUUCUUCAAAGAGCUCCUGGAGAACGCUGAGAAGUCUCUGAACGACAUGUUUGUGCGGACGUACGGCCGGCUGUACAUGCAGAACUCGGAGCUGUUCAAGGACCUCUUUGUGGAGCUGAAGCGCUACUACGUGGGCGGCAACGUCAACCUGGAGGAGAUGCUCAACGAGUUCUGGGCGCGCUUGCUGGAGCGCAUGUUCCGGCUGGUGAACCCCCAGUACCACUUCACGGACGAGUACCUGGAGUGUGUCAGCAAGUACACGGAGCAGCUGAAGCCCUUCGGGGACGUGCCACGCAAGCUCAAGCUGCAGGUGACGCGAGCCUUCGUGGCCGCCCGCACCUUCGCGCAGGGCCUGGCCGUCGCCAGGGACGUCAUCGGCAAAGUGUCUGCGGUGAACCCCACGCCGCAGGGUACGCGAGCGCUGCUGAAGAUGAUGUACUGCCCACACUGCCGAGGUCUGGUGUCAGUGAAGCCCUGCUACAACUACUGCUUUAAUGUCAUGAGAGGCUGCUUGGCCAACCAAGGGGACUUGGAUGCCGAGUGGAAUAUCUUUAUGGAUUCGAUGCUGCUGGUAGCAGAGAGGCUAGAGGGACCUUUCAACAUUGAGUCUGUCAUGGACCCCAUUGAUGUGAAAAUCUCAGAUGCAAUCAUGAACAUGCAGGAGAACAGCAUGCAGGUGUCUCAGAAGGUUUUCCAGGGAUGUGGCCAGCCAAAAACACUUGCCCAAGGCCGGACUGCUCGCUCUGUCUCUGAAAGUGGAUUCAGCGCUCGUUUCAGACCGUACAACCCCGAGGAGCGACCAACAACAGCUGCUGGCACGAGCUUGGACCGACUGGUUACUGAUGUGAAAGAGAAGCUGAAACAAGCCAAAAAAUUUUGGUCGUCUCUCCCUGGCAACAUUUGCAAUGAUGAAAAGAUGUCUGUAGGCACUGUAAAUGAGAAUGAGUGCUGGAAUGGGAGCGCCAAGAGCAGGUAUGACUUUGCAGUGACUGGAAAUGGCUUAGCAAGUCAAGUGAAUAACCCAGAGGUUGAAGUCGAUAUUACCAAGCCAGACAUGGUGAUUCGUCGGCAAAUCAUGGCUCUACGGGUGAUGACCAACAAGCUGAAGAAUGCCUACAGUGGGAACGAUGUUGACUUCAUUGACAUAAGUGAGGAGAGCAGCGGGGAGGAGAGCGGCAGCGGCUGCGAGCUCCAGCAGUGCUCCCCGGAGUUCGAGUUCAACGCCACCGAGGUCACUGGGAACUCCAACAAGAGUGACAAGACCGUGAACACUUCUGCUGCCACCACGAAUGGUCUAUCACAAGCAGCCUUGCUCCUUAGUAUUUUGUUCUUGGCCAUGCAAAGACAAUGGAGAUAAUUG